AUGGAUCCUCCUAGAAACCGAAAACAACGGAGGGUAGCUGCUGCUGCUGCCUCCUCAUCGAAUGACUCGACCUUUGAUCUGUCCUCGAUUCCCCUGGCCCACCCGCCCCGUGAUACCCCGGAGAAAAGGAAUGGAAAAACUUUAGUGGAGUUGAUUGCCGAACGACAGCUGGAGCUCCAAUCUCAAGGAAGCAAGUCGAGUGGGACAAACGAUGCAGUUCCGGAGUUAGGAACACGAUUUGUGACCGUCGAUCCAUCGACCGGGGAAAUGUUCGACUUUGACGCGUCGAAGCACAAUCCAGGAUCGGCCCAGGAGAUAGAGGAGGAGGGAGAGGAUGGCGAGAACAAGGAAGAGCCUCCGAUUCCACCACUUAUCGACACGCUCUUACUCUCGUUUCCUCUGACGACGCUCCAUUUGACGCUAGCCUACCUUGCUGCUCAUCAGUACGCGGAGAAGGUCCAGAUGGAUAUGCUACUGCGCGAGUCAGCGUUUGUGACUUUUCCAGUGUUGACGUUUCUGAUUCAUCUCGCCCAUGGACAUAUCGUGACGUUGAUAGGAGGAAAAAAGGGAGGGGAUAACGAGUCGGUGUCACUGUUCCCAUGGAGUCGGGACAAACUGUCGCUGGCGUUUCUUCGAAGGCUGGUUUUUCCGCCGGCGUGGCGGACUUUAGUAUUUCUCCCGAUCGCGGUGUUCCUCGGAGCCAGGUUGAUGGCUAUCACGAACGAGGAGCCGUACUACGCGGUCAUGAAGCGGGCUCCGGCCCUGGGGACCAUCUGGGUGUGGACCAUUCUGGAGAUUCCGCUGGGGGCAGCGAUUCUGGGAGCGCUGGGACCGAUGGUUUGGGGCAUUUGGUGGAAGGGGUACAGCAUACUGUAG